AGUAAGGUGAGCUGUUGGGGCGCGUACAAUCUCGAGACAGGUCCUGCACAGCUGAGUCUUUACAUUUAUGCAUUUGGCAGACACUUUUAUCCAAAGCGACUUACAGUGCACUUAUUACAGGGACAAUCCCCCUGGAGCAACCUGGAGUUAAGUGCCUUGCUCAAGGACACAGUUGUGGUGGCUAUGGGUAUCGAACCAGCAACUUUCUGAUUAACAGUUAUGUGCUUUAGUCCACUACGCCGCCACCACUCCAGAGUCUUCUGAUUGCUGUUGUGCAUGAAACUGGUGUUGAACGGGUAGAAUUCAAUGAAGCUGUCAGCAGAGGACAUGUGUUGUGGAGUGAUUCAUUGAUUGAAAAGAGCAAUGGAGUCCUUUCCAGACUGCUGUCGUCAUCAAAGUAUCCCUGUUGAGACCGAUGAGUCCAUGACCUCGUCCUCUCUCAAUCUGGUGUGGCCAGCAUGCUCCCAGUGUCCGUCGCACAAUCCUGACUUGAGUAAGAUGCCCAGAGCUGGUAGAUGCAUCCCAGACUGUGAUGUAAGCAGACUUGAUUACCGAGACAUAUGCUGUGGGCUUCAUCCCAAAGAUUUAAUGGUCCGUUCAGUCAACAAACUGUCCCUUUCACGACACACAGAGAACCCUGCAGGCCUGCCCAGUAUAUACCUGCCUCAGGGUUCAGGAAGAGACCAUCUGAAACUAGACACCGAAUAUCUGAGCGACGAUUUCUUUAGUCUGAACAUUAAAAAUCACGGCAUUUCCCAUGUUGCACAUUCACGCCUCCAAAACCCUGUGAGUGAAGAUGAAGAGCGUCUGGAAAAACCUAGUUCUCUUCGCUCUGACGGAGGCGAGAAUUUGUACAGACAUUUUCCACCAAAACAGCUGGGAUACUACGGUCUGCCUGUUAAUGGUCAGUACCCACCAGAAGUUUUUUACCACCGGCAGUGUAUGCCUGAGCAGCCUGCAAAUUAUCCACAACCUAACCAGCUACUGUACCAUCAGCCCCUACCUGAGCAUGUGAUGUACCAUGCUCAGAACAGACAUGCGGCUCCUGUGAGGGGCCCUCAGAUCACACCCCGUCAGAGCACGGCCCCUGUGAGAGAGCUAAUGUCAGAAGUGUGUGUCCAGUCAUCCCAACCAGCUGCUGCGGGCCAACCCCAAACACUGACCCGCACCAUCAGUCUGCCUGAUGACUGUAGAGAUGUUUUUAUAACAUACUCUGUGGACACUGCAGCAGAGUUGAUGCCCUUCGUGAGUUUUUUGAUAAAUCAAGGAUUCAGACCGGCUAUUGAUAUAUUUGAGGACCGAGUUAGACAAAUGGACAUCAACAAAUGGAUGGACAGUUUUCUAAAAAAUAAGUCAGUGUUGAUCAUCGUAGUUAUCAGUCCAAAGUACAAGAUAGAUGUUGAAGGAGACGGAUCUGAUCAACAUGGACUACACACCAAGUACAUACACACACAGAUGCAAAAUGAAUUCAUUCAGCAGAGAUGUCUGAACUUCAGACUGGUGCCAGUGCUGUUUCCCAAUGCUAACGAGAGUCAUGUUCCACUGUGGUUGCAGAGCACUCGUCGGUACCGGUGGCCUGAAGAUGCUAAAGACCUGUUACUGCGUUUACUUAGAGAAGAGAAAUACAUCAUUCCUCCAAUGGGCAAAGAGCUUACACUCACCAUCAAACCAAUAUAAUGGUGAAUCUAAAAAAAAAAACAUGGCCAGGUCAUCUCAAAAUAAGAAAAAGGAAUAUACAUUUUGUUUAAAGAAAUAGUUCACCCAAAAAUUACAAUUCUGUAAUUUACUCAUGCCGUCUCAAAUUCGUAUAACUUUCUUUCUUCUGCAGAAAACAAAGAAAGAUAUUUUGAUGUGGAGAUAUGAUGUGAAUAUAUCCAUACAAUGUAAGUCAAUGGGGUCCAUCACUUUCAAGCUCAAAAAGGGCAUAAAUGUAAUCCAUAGGACUCGAGGGACAUCUGCAGCCUCUUUGGCGUGAUUACGCAUCCGCUGUACACAUGCUCUCCCCAUGAGCUUCGAGUCAUGAUUGCACCAAAGAGACUGCAGACGUCAAUAUUCAUAGUGAACAAGGAGGUUGAGUCAUUUUGGUCCGUUCUCAUCCAAAACCAAUCGUAUUGCUUCAGAAGACAUAAAUUAAAUCACUUGAGCCAGAUGCAUUACCGUUAUGUCCUUUUUGGAGCUUGUAAGCGUUAGCCCCCAUUUAAUUUAUAUAAUAUAUGUUCUGUACUGUGCAAAAGUUUUAGGCACUUGUGAAAAACUUUCAAAGUGAGGAUAUUCAAAGUGAGAUUAAUGACUAAUCAUUUAAUGCCAUACAAAGUCCAGUAAACAGAAAAAGAGCUAAAUCAAUAUUCGGUGUGACCACUUUUGCCUUCAAAACAGCACUAAUUCGCCACAGUUCUUCUGUCUAUUUAUUCUCAAUUGCUUCUGUCUCUUCAUGUAAUCUCAGACAGACACAAUGAUCAGUGGGGGGCUUUGUGAGGACCAUACAAUCUGUUGCAGGGCUCCCUGUUCUUCUAUACUCUUCUAUUUGCAAAAGGAAUGUUUGGGAGUAUAAAAUGUAUAUUUCCUAUGGACACACUAAAGCUGAAGAUAUAAAUGAGCAUCUUAAGACAAAUGCUUUUGUGAAACAUCUUUUGCACAGUACUAUAUACAUUACCGUUCAAAGGUUUGGGGUCACUUGCCUUAAAUGUUUCUCAUGAUCUUAAAUAUCUUUUGAUCUGAAGGGGUAUGCUGAAAUGUUUGAAAUUAGUUUUUUAGACAAAAAUAUAUUUGUGCCACCAUAUUAACUUAUUUAAUUACAAAACUAGAAGUUGGUUGAGAAAAUGUCAAGAGUACAUUUCUGCAAAGGGUGACUACUGUGAACAUGCUAAAAUAUAACAGUUUUGAGUUAUUUUGGAUUUUCUUUUAGUCACAACAUAAUUUCCAUUUAUGUUAUUCCAUAGUCUUGAUGACUUUACUAUUAUUCUAAAUGUGAAAAAAAAAUCAUAAUGAGUGUGUUUCAAAACUUUUGACCGGUAAUGUAUAUGGAAAUAUUGUCGUCAUACCGUCAUACAUCUAUGAAAAUAUAUUUUUGUUUGUGUUCUGUAGAAGAAAGAAAGCCAUUCCAGUUUUAGACGGCAUACAAUAAAUGAUGAGAGAAUAGUCAUUUAUGGGUGUUUUAGGACCAUUACGUUUUUUGUUUUUUUUGCACUGUGACAUUAUUUUCAUGACAAUCAGGCACAUUUUCAGUGUAAUCAAAAGAUUCAUAUUACUGAAAUGUGUCCAGAUAUUUUACUUUAAAAUUGUUUUGUAAAUCCCAUUAUUCUUAACCGUAUUAGAGUAAACAAUUACAGUAAUACAAUGACUUUUCUCAUUUAAAUCAGCAUAAAGGCAGUACAAAUGUUGCCAUGAUGUAUUCACAAUUUAAAAAAUGCAACAUAUUUGUAUUCUAAUUAGUGUCAUGUCAAAAAAUGAAAGAUCACAGUAAAGAAAGUCAGGCAUCAAAAAUUACAUCUCAAUGCCCAAAAGGUAAAAAAAAUAGACUUGACUAAAUACAAUUUCUUUCUAUAUUUUUUUUCUUAUGAUUUGGGGUGAAAUAUAACCCAGAUAUGGUCUUGACAGAUUGUGUGUGACUCCCAUACAGAAAUCUGAUAUAUGGCCAUAUAAACAGGGACAUACCAUAGACUUUUUAUAUAAUGCAUCUAAAAUGACUAUAAACUAACCUCAAUAACUUUGAUUCAAACAUCAUUAUUCAAUUUAUGUGUGGGUUAUUUUUCCAAAGGAGGAGAUUUUAUACAAUUUAACUCCUUUUUGGAGCAAAUUUGUCCCCAAUCAAAUGCUAAGUAAACACACACACAGAAUACAUACUGUAUGUGUAUGUAUGUGUUUAUCAUAUAUUCUAAUAUUUUGGAGGAAAAUAUUACUUAUACAAAACUGGAAUUUUUGUAGUAUUUCAAAACAUGUUGCAUAUAUGUACAAGGAUGUAACUUUUUAUACGAGUGAAAACCAUAUAUGAACAUUCAUAUUUUAUAAGUGCAUUUUUCAUAUGUGGCCAUAUAUCAGAAUUCUGUUUGGGAUUCACCUAUAAAACUUCUUAAGACUGCAUUAACAGUUUAGAAACAUUCUAGAGGCACUACGUGCCUAUACUCUUUUAGUAACACCUUUAAGUUGCUUUAAAUGGGAGCAAAUUUUUAUUAAAAUGUGCAAAGUGUAUGCUAUAUAAUGACUUUCUCUAUAUAAUAUUCUUAUGUUUUGAUUUAAUACAAUCCAUGCAAUUUGAUUCCCAACAAAUGAAUACAAAGAAAUACACUUAUCUUUCUUUAUUAGUUAAGGGAUUCUGUUACACUUAAUGAUUGCAAGGAUGCAGUAGUAUUUCAAAAUCAUGUUUCAAUAUAGCAAGCUUUUUUUUUUAUGUCCAAACUAAGAGUACAAGAUAAAUUAUGCAUUUAUAUAAUGGGAAUUGCCCUUCUAAACUUCUCUUGAACCUUAAACAGAUCUAAAGGUGUCAAUGACAUGUAUCCAAAGUAAUAUCAUUAAAUAUUAAAGUCAAGAAACCCUGUGUUUGAUGGCUGGUUGAACUACAGAUACAGAAAGGUUUGGGUGGAGAUGAAGGAAGGUUUCUUUGUACCUUCAUGAUUUAGGUUUCACAGGAAGUGCUGUCAAGAAAACCUGCACCAUGCCACAAAUCCCAUAAUUCAUCACAAAAUACUUCCACCUUGUGUGUACAUGGAAAAAUCCUCAAUCUCUGUCAUGAAGCAAUCCAGAAAACAUUUGAUUUCAAGCUCUACUGUUUCUAGUUUAUGUUGACCAGUAAAAGGGCUUUUUCAAUAAAGUUACAAUUAGACUCCAGUCCUUAACCUGAAAAUAAA